GUUUGUGUUGACGAAUGUGGUCGUCACGUGACGCAGCGGAAAGACUUGUUGUAGUGCAUAAGUGCACUAAGCAAACAUGAAAUAAACUUUAGUUUACGAUUUUUUUCUUUUAUCGAGUGACGUGUGUGACAGGAUUUCUGUGGAACAUGGAUUCGUUUUGGAUUAUACGAUUAGUGGUAUUAAUCACGACUUCCCAGUGUCUUGCGCUAAUCCAGUCCCCACCACAAAUCAUUAAACAGCCACCAACAGAUGAGCUACUAUUUCAGGUAGCUCAACAACAAAAUGAAAAUGAUAAGCCUUUCAUCAUAGAGUGUGAAGCUGAAGGUGAACCAGCACCUAAGUAUCGAUGGAUCAAGAAUGGAAAACAUUUCAACUGGCAGGCUUAUGAUAAUAGAAUCUCACAGCAGCCUGGAAGGGGCACCCUGGUUAUAACAUCACCCAGAGAUGAAGAUCUAGGUCAGUAUCAGUGCUUCGCUGAGAAUGAAUGGGGCACAGCUACAUCAAACUCAGUUUUUGUGCGGAAAGCAGAGCUUAAUUCUUUUAAAGAUGAGCCACCAAUUUCUGUUACUGCUCAGGAGGGAGACCCUUUUAAACUCACCUGCCAUCCUCCUGAUGGAUGGCCAAAACCAAAUGUAUAUUGGCUGAUACAGAAUAAUGAUGGUGGUAUUAAAAGCAUCAAUAACUCUCGUAUGACUCUUGACCCAGAAGGAAACCUGUGGUUUUCAAAUGUGACACGUCAGGAUGCAAGUGAUGACUUCAUGUAUGCUUGUGCUGCAACAUCAUUUUUCAGGAAUGAAUACAAAUUAGGAAAUCGUGUCAUGCUGAAUGUGGAACUGACGGGCUCUUCAGCUGCCCAGAACAGGCACCCACCAGUGAAGCAGUAUGUGACAAGAAAGAAUGAGGUGGCUUUCAGAGGGAAGAAAGUUGAAAUGUAUUGUAUAUUUGGUGGAACGCCUCUGCCCCAAAUAGUCUGGAGUAAAGAUGGCAGACCCAUCCAGCCAUCAGACAGAAUAACACAAGGCAAUUAUGGAAAGAGCUUAGUAAUAAAACAUGUAAAUUACAAUGAUUCAGGUGCAUACACCUGUGAGGCUAGUAAUGGUGUUGGUGGUGCCCAGUCAUAUUCCAUAAAUCUACAAGUUAUGGCUGCACCAUAUUUCACUGUUGAGCCUGAAAUUAUCAAUGCAGCGGAAGAUGAAACUGUAACUUUCCGAUGUGAAGCCGAAGGUGUUCCUGAUCCCCAGAUUAAGUGGAUCCACAAUGGGCGACCAAUCAGUGAGGCACCACCGAAUCCACGCCGUAAAGUCACCACAAAUAGCAUUACUAUUGAGAGGCUUUCAAAAAAGGACACUGGCAACUAUGGAUGCAAUGCUACCAAUAGUCAUGGCUAUGUGUACAAAGAUGUGUAUGUUAAUGUGUUAGCUUUGCCACCUGAAAUAACUGAGCCACCACGUAGUGAACAGACAGUGGACGGCAGAACGGUAACGCUGUUAUGCAGGACAUUUGGAGCUCCCAAGCCACAGGUGAAAUGGAUACGUAAUGGAAAGGAGCUAACCGGUGGGAGAUACACUACUCUGGACAAUGGGGACCUGGAAAUAAGGGAUGUUAACUAUUCAGAUGGGGGUGACUACACAUGUUAUGCAGAGAACAAAUUUGGUCAUCAGGAAGCAUCAGGAAAACUUACAGUCAAAGAGCACACACGGAUUACCACAGAACCUGAAGACUACGAAGUAGCAGCGGGAAUGUCUGCUACAUUUAGAUGCAAUGCUGUUGCUGAUAAUUCACUUCAGCUGACAGUUGACUGGAUGAAGAAGGGUCAGCUGAUUGAUUUUGAAGCAGAACCACGCUUCAUCCAAUCGUCGGAUACAUCUCUUACCAUAACAAAGGCCAUCGAACUGGAUUCAGGCACUUACACUUGUGUUGCCCGUACAGAGCUGGAUGAAGCAACAGCUUCUGCUACACUCACAGUUCAAGAUGUGCCAAAUCCUCCAGAAUUGCAGUAUGUAACAUGCAGCAAACGAGAAGCUCGUAUUAACUGGAAGCCAAUGGGUGACAAUCGUGCUCCAAUUUUACGGUAUAUUAUACAGUAUAACACUAGCUUCACUCCUGAUUCGUGGGAAGUAGCUGUGGAUUCUGUUCCUGCUACUGACAUGUCCUAUACGGUUGGUAUGAGUCCUUGGGCAAACUACACUUUCAGAGUGAUAGCUGUAAACAAGAUUGGUCAGUCACAAGCUUCACAACACUCCUUGAUGUGUUCGACACCACCUGAUGUCCCCUACAAGAAUCCAGAUAAUGUGGAAGGGAAGGGAACAGACCCAAGCAAUAUAGUCAUUAGUUGGACACCAAUGCCUGAGAUUGAACAUAAUGCACCAGGCUUUUCAUAUCGUGUGUAUUGGAGACGCAAUAUUGAUGGAACACAGUGGACUUCCAGAGACAUAACAGACUGGCAGCAAUCACAGUUUGAAGUGACAGGACAGCCAACUUUCCAAGAAUACCGUAUUAAGGUUGUUGCCAUCAAUGAAAUGGGAGAAUCAAAUGUCUCCCCUCGGGAGGUCAUUGGGUACUCUGGAGAAGAUGUUCCAACCAUGGCUCCACAGAACUUCACAGUUGAAAAUGUGCAUGAUAGCACUAGUGCCUUACUUAGCUGGAUGCCUGUUCCACCAGAGUCAGUGCGUGGGCACUUCAAGGGGUAUAAGAUUCAGACAUGGACCGAGCGAGAUGGAGAAUCAGCAAUGCGAGAAAUUCAGGUGAAAGGAGAAUCGACACGAACUCUUGUUACCAAAUUUGUGCCACAUUCGAAAAACUAUGCUCGUGUGUUGGUUUACAAUGGCAGGUACAAUGGACCACCAAGUGACACACUUACAUUUCAGACACCCGAAGGAGUUCCAGGGACAGUACAGUAUUUUGAGGCAGUUCCAAUGGGUUCCUCAGCAUUUUAUCUCAUUUGGAAGAAACCUGAACAACCAAAUGGCAUUCUUACAGGCUAUCGAAUUUAUUAUCAGACUGUAGUUGGUACAAAAGUUGGUCCUCUGAUGGAGCGUGAACCUCCAGUCAGAGAUCCAAAGCAGACACGGGCAAAGCUAGCAGGUUUGGAACCAAAUACUAAGUAUCGGCUGCAUAUACGUGCAACAACUGCAGCAGGUGAGGGUGAAGAUUACUUUUUGGAACAGCGUACCAGAGGUCCAGCAGACAUCACACCAGGUGUGCCUCGCUUUACAUGGACUCGAUUACCUUCAGAUAAUGGUUAUGCUUCUGUCCGUGUGAAUUGGGUGCCUGAUAUAGCUGACGGACGACCUGGAUCUCAUUUCUUUGUUAAAUAUAGGCAAAAGGGUGAGACAAUGUUCCAGGAAACCAGCAGAGAGAUGAAUGAAGAUUAUUUAAUUGUAAGAGGCCUAAUACCAGGAGAAAUAUAUGAGUUUGUUGUGGUUUCUGUCGAUGGAGAGCGUCAGACAGAAAGUGAACCAGAAGAGGUGGAGACAUACACUGUUGAAGGUCCAAUCAUCCAGCCUAAGGAAAAUGUGGCUACAGCGGGAUGGUUCAUUGGUAUGAUGCUGGCAAUUGCUUUCCUAUUGCUAGUAUUGGUCAUUGUAUGUAUAAUAAAGCGGAAUCGUGGCGGAAAGUAUGCUGUUCAUGAGAGGGAAGCAGCACAUGGGCGCAGUGACUAUCCAGAUGAACCAGGCUUCCAUGAGUAUUCACAGCCGCUUGAUAACAAGUCACAUGGUCGUGGAUCAACUGCCAGUGAUCAGAAAGCUGCACCAGAAAGUGAUACGGAUUCAAUGGCGGAGUAUGGUGAUGGUGAUACAGAAGGUAUGAAUGAAGAUGGUUCUUUCAUUGGUCAGUAUGGCCGUCAGCAAAGGAAAGCAGAAACAGCAUCAGCGGGUGGCGGAUUUGCUACCUUGGUCUAGGUAUCCUGCAGAGGUAAAUUCACAGAGGAUGGUUCAUUCAUUGGACAGUAUGGACCAGGAAAACGAAGACCAGAAGAUCAACCAACACCAGCGGGUGUGGGAGCAGCUGCCACAUAUGUUUAGCCCUGUUGUGGGCUAAUUCUUCAAGAUCUACUUUGCUGUUCAAUGGGACGUACAGAAUAAAUGAAAAUUCAUUUUUCAGUGUGACCGCUUGUGCAGCGUGUGACUGAGAGGUACCACUCGAUGACUAAAUGGAGUGUGGGCAACUUCGAAGCUCCCUCCUGCUGUUGCAUUUGCCACGGUUUUUUGUGCUUCGAGAGUGGUAGUAUAGGUGUUAUUUCAAAAUAUUAAAUAUUAUGAACUGUGUUUUCUAUACAAGAAAUGUCCCUUCUGUUUGCACUUCCUUCUUACUCUUGAAGUACUGCAACAGCUGUUUACUUUCUUGUUAAUGUACAGUCCAGAUUAUCAGUAUGUUAGAAAAUUGUUGUGAAUGGGCUACGAAGACUGCUAUAGUGCGCUGACAUUUUCUUCAUUAUGUGAGAAAAACACAGAAUCUUGACUUCAUAUCUGCAUUUAAAAAUGUGGUCGCUUCCUGCAGCUGCCACAUAAAACUGUAUCAGAGAAAUAUGUUUUUACAUAUUAUUUGUCAUCCUAGCCAGCUACCUAAUUGUUACUGAGUUGGACACAGUUUUCUAUGCAAUUCUGAAUCUGGUGGCUGGUCAGUGUCAUGGGACGAAUGUGAACUGAAGUGUGAAGUAAGAUGGCAGGUUGAAGAAAGUGGUGGUGCUCUUGUAGCCCACCAGUUUGUCUCGUGAUACAGUUGUUACAUAUUUAGUGUGUGCAUGUUGAUGUCUACUAGCUGGUGCUGUAUGUACCACGCUAUAAAUUAAAGUGCAUUAAUAUUCCUGGCUGUGUCAGAUGUUGCACCACUGUUAGGUAUGUUGCAUUGUGAACUGUUGGUUAAGUGGAAGG